GACACAUACGAAGAAACAAAGGAAAGAAAGGGAGAGAAGAACCUGAAAAUAAAUGUCGUACAGAGUAGUAAGUGUGCUAGAGAGAGAGAUUUCAGAGUAACAGAGAGAGAGAGAGAGAGUUGAGCUCUGUUUGGGAGUCAAGCUUAGUAGUAGAAGUAGCAGCAGUAUCAGAUUUGGGAGUUCAAUGUUGGUCCAAGAACGUUCAACGCCGAAAUCUCCAAAAGCCCAGAAGGGCCAGAACAGAACCCUACCCACACUCCACCCCAACCGCUUCUCGGAGGCCAAGAGCCUCGAUUUCUCCACAUGGGUGUCCGAGAAUCUCUACAAGAUCAUCACCGUCCUGCUUCUCGUAGCCACCGUCGCCGCCCUCUUCUUCCUCCGCAAUGUCGGCGACACGGCAGCCCUCCUCUGCUUCGAAACCCAGUCCAAGAACCUCGAGAAGAUCGAAUUACCACAAGUCAACUGGAACUCGAUCGCGACCAUCACCGACAAGUCCUCGCCCUACGCCAAUUUCAGAACUGAGCGGUGGAUCGUUGUCUCGGUGUCCGAUUAUCCCACCGAUUCGCUCCGCAACCUGGUCAAGAUCAGGGGCUGGCAAGUCCUCGCUAUCGGGAACUCCAGAACGCCGUCGGAUUGGAGCCUAAAAGGUGCGAUUUUCUUGUCUUUGGAACAGCAAGCUAGUUUAGGCUUUCGUGUUGUGGAUUUUCUUCCUUAUGAUUCUUAUGUUAGGAAGACUGUUGGGUAUUUGUUCGCGAUCCAACACGGCGCGAAGAAGAUCUUCGACGCUGAUGAUCGCGGGGAUGUGAUUAGUGGGGAUUUGGGUAAGCAUUUUGAUGUAGACUUGUUUGGGGAGGGUGCUAGGCAAGAGACUAUAUUGCAGUAUACUCAUGAGAACCCCAAUAGGACUGUCGUGAACCCGUAUAUCCAUUUCGGGCAGCGAUCGGUUUGGCCUAGGGGGUUGCCACUGGAGAAUGUGGGCGAAGUUGGGCAUGAGGAGUAUUACACUGAAGUGUUUGGUGGAAGGCAGUUUAUUCAACAGGGAAUUUCCAACGGGCUACCUGACGUUGAUUCUGUGUUUUAUUUUACGAGGAAAUCGGGUUUGGAAGCGUUUGAUAUUAGGUUCGACGAGCGCGCCCCGAAGGUGGCCCUGCCGCAAGGAGUAAUGGUGCCGGUUAAUUCUUUCAAUACAAUUUACCACUCUCCGGCAUUUUGGGGUUUGAUGCUUCCUGUUUCCAUUAGUACAAUGGCUUCUGAUGUAUUGAGAGGAUACUGGGGACAAAGGAUUUUGUGGGAAGUUGGUGGUUAUGUUGCAGUUUACCCCCCUACGGUUCAUCGAUAUGAUAGGAUUGAGGCAUACCCAUUUUCAGAAGAGAAGGAUCUUCACGUGAAUGUAGGUCGUUUAGUCAAGUUCUUGGUUUCAUGGAAGUCUAGUAAGCAUAGAUUGUUUGAAAAGAUUUUGGAAUUAAGUUUUGUAAUGGCAGAGGAGGGGUUUUGGACUGAUAAGGAUGUGAAGUUUACUGCUGCUUGGCUUCAGGACUUGAUUGCAGUUGGUUACCAGCAGCCAAGGCUGAUGUCAUUGGAAUUGGAUAGGCCACGAGCAAGUAUUGGUCAUGGGGAUAGGAAAGAUUUUAUCCCACAAAAGUUGCCAUCUGUUCAUCUUGGGGUUGAGGAGACAGGGACAGUGAAUUACGAGAUUGCAAAUUUGAUUCAUUGGAGGAAGAAUUUUGGGAAUAUUGUGCUUAUUAUGUUUUGCAGUGGGCCUGUGGAACGUACUGCUCUUGAAUGGAGAUUACUCUAUGGGCGAAUAUUCAAGACGGUGGUUAUUUUGUCAGGGCAGAAGAACCCAGAUCUUGCUGUUGAGGAGGUCCAAUUGGAGCAAGUAUACAAGAACUUGCCUAAGAUUUUUGAUAGAUAUGCUAGUGCAGAAGGAUUUUUAUUCCUUCAGGAUGAUACCAUUCUCAAUUACUGGAAUCUGCUACAAGCAGACAGUAAUAAACUGUGGAUCACGGAUAAGGUCUCCAACUCUUGGACUACCGUGUCAACCAGCAAAAACUCAGAUUGGUUUUCAAAACAAGCAGAGAUGGUACAGAAGGUAGUUAGCACGAUGCCAGCUCACUUCCAGGUCAGUUAUAAGGAAAGUGUAACAAGUGAACAGAGCAUCACAGUAUGCAGUUCUGAGGUAUUCUACGUUCCCCGGCGCUUUGUUGUUGACUUUGUCGAACUUGUGAAUCUAGUGGGCCCUCUAGAAAUGCAUCAAAAGGUUGCAAUACCCAUGUUCUUCAUAUCAAUGGAUUCACCGCAGAAUUUUGAUCCGGUGCUUAGUACAAUGAUCUAUGAGCAAAAACCACCCACAAAUAAUUCAACCCUUUAUUCAGCUCAAGUACCUGCUGUUCACCCAUUGAAUGUGUCAAGCGAACAAGAUUUUAUAAAGCUGAUCAGAAUAAUGGCAGAAGGUGACCCUCUCCUACUUGAGUUAGUCUGAAGGUAAUCUGACACCUGAAACAACGUCAAGAGAGAGGAAGCAAGGAACAUGUACCACUUUUGUUAACUGUUACACCAAACUGUAUCUGUAUUUUUUUUUGUCUUGUAUUUUUUAUUGAGGGGGAGGGAAUUUCUAUCCUUUUUUUUUUUUUUUUUUCAUAUUUGUAGAUUUACCUUGUCUGAUUCAUUACUGAUUGGAGAUUCACUCCACAGAAAAAAAUGUAAUCUGUUCUUUUUGCUCGUGAAUAUAUGAAAAGAAAAAUGUAUUUAACAUUGACAAUCAAAGUUUUUUGA